AUGAAUAAGCUAACAGAGCUUUUAAUUGAUUAAGAAGAAAAAUAAUCAAACUUUAUUACGCAAUAUUGCAAACCUUUAAGAAUUCUAGGAAGAGGAGGGUUUUCGACAGUAGUAGAGAUACAAAAUUUGAUGACAAAUAAGAAGGCUGCGCUUAAAAUAAUGGAGAAAUAAAAGUUCAAUAGUUUACAAUUAGAGGUUCUUAGAAAGGAAGCCCAAUUGUUAAGUUAAUUGAAUCAUUAAAAUAUUGUAAGAGUUACAUUUGUAUGAUUGCUUUGUGUUAUUGUAGAGUAAAGAAACGAAAAAUAAAUUAUUUAUAAUGAUGGAUCUCAUCACAGGAGUUACAUUGGAAUAAUUUUAAUAAAGCAAGUUAGAUGAUUAGAUAGUACUUAGUAUUGUAAAAUAAUUAUUACAGGCAAUAAAAUAUUUGCAUUCUAAGGAUAUAAUACAUAGAGACAUAAAACCAGGUAAAAUAAAUUAAUUUUUAGAGAAUAUUAUGAUAACUUAAAUAGGAGAAGAUGUUCGUUUAACUUUAAUUGAUUUUGGACUUUCAGCAUAAUUGACUUAUAUGGAAGGUUCUGGAAUCAUGAGUGAUAAUUGUGGAACUUUCUUGUACAUGGCUCCAGAAAUGAUAUAGAAAAAGAAAUACAAUAGAGUAAAAUCACAUGCUUAAAUAGUAAGAGUGUGGAUAUAUGGGCAAUAGGGAUAGUGGUUUUCAAUCUUUUAACUUAAGGAAAACAUCCUUUUUACCAGUAAUUUGAUGAUAAAGAAUCCUAUUGUGAAAAGAUAUAGUGGAUGAAAUGGAAUUGGUAACCUGGAAUGAAUAAUAAUUCUAUCAAUUUCUUAAUUAGAACAGUAGCAUACUUACCAGAAAAUCGAUUAAAUAUCAUUUAAUGUUUAGAACAUCCUUGGAUUACAGGUAAGGAAGAUUCUUCUGAACCAUUUACUUUUAUCGAAAUCCUUAAAAGUCAUUGUAAUUUUUAAAAAAUAAAAUCACUGAUCUAAGCUAUUCAAUUUAUUCAAAAACUUAAAAUCUUAUGUCCUAAUGUUAAUUAAUUUAAACAUUAUUCAACUCCUAAAGAACCUAAUAUUAUUAUAAAAAUACCUAAGAUAAAAUAACAAUCUAAUGAGAAAUAUAAACAAUUCAAAUAAGAAGCUCUUCAUGGAUCUAAUGUUGAUAGUGCUUCUAUUGGUUCUAAUAGAGUUUCUUAAUUUAAAAUUUAAACAAUUACUCUUAAAUCUUAAAGAAGAGAAAGGACUUCUUGUGAUUAAUUAUAAAAGUUAUAAGAACAAAAAGAACCUUCUAAAUUUUUAUUUCCUCAUUUUCCCAGAUCAUUGGAAAGAAGUGUUAAAUCAAUUCAAACUACUAACACUACUGCUGAUAAUUCUUUAAAUCAAUCAUCUAUUCUUCAAAAAUCUGGUAUCAUAGAUAGUAGACAUUCAUUAAAUAAUAAAUCAACUCUUUAAUAAGUAAAUACAAUUUAAGAUAAUUAGUUAAAGAGAACUACUCACGUAUCCAGAGGUUAGAAUAUUAUUAUACAAUAAGAAUUGUUACAAAGUUAAAGGGUGAGAAUUAAGAAACCUCCCAUCUAAAAAAAGUCUUUAAAUGAUUGAACAGAAAUAUAUACUGUAUAUAUAUUUAAUAAUUGUUAAUUUAUCAAUUAANUUAGAUGAUUAGAUAGUACUUAGUAUUGUAAAAUAAUUAUUACAGGCAAUAAAAUAUUUGCAUUCUAAGGAUAUAAUACAUAGAGACAUAAAACCAGGUAAAAUAAAUUAAUUUUUAGAGAAUAUUAUGAUAACUUAAAUAGGAGAAGAUGUUCGUUUAACUUUAAUUGAUUUUGGACUUUCAGCAUAAUUGACUUAUAUGGAAGGUUCUGGAAUCAUGAGUGAUAAUUGUGGAACUUUCUUGUACAUGGCUCCAGAAAUGAUAUAGAAAAAGAAAUACAAUAGAGUAAAAUCACAUGCUUAAAUAGUAAGAGUGUGGAUAUAUGGGCAAUAGGGAUAGUGGUUUUCAAUCUUUUAACUUAAGGAAAACAUCCUUUUUACCAGUAAUUUGAUGAUAAAGAAUCCUAUUGUGAAAAGAUAUAGUGGAUGAAAUGGAAUUGGUAACCUGGAAUGAAUAAUAAUUCUAUCAAUUUCUUAAUUAGAACAGUAGCAUACUUACCAGAAAAUCGAUUAAAUAUCAUUUAAUGUUUAGAACAUCCUUGGAUUACAGGUAAGGAAGAUUCUUCUGAACCAUUUACUUUUAUCGAAAUCCUUAAAAGUCAUUGUAAUUUUUAAAAAAUAAAAUCACUGAUCUAAGCUAUUCAAUUUAUUCAAAAACUUAAAAUCUUAUGUCCUAAUGUUAAUUAAUUUAAACAUUAUUCAACUCCUAAAGAACCUAAUAUUAUUAUAAAAAUACCUAAGAUAAAAUAACAAUCUAAUGAGAAAUAUAAACAAUUCAAAUAAGAAGCUCUUCAUGGAUCUAAUGUUGAUAGUGCUUCUAUUGGUUCUAAUAGAGUUUCUUAAUUUAAAAUUUAAACAAUUACUCUUAAAUCUUAAAGAAGAGAAAGGACUUCUUGUGAUUAAUUAUAAAAGUUAUAAGAACAAAAAGAACCUUCUAAAUUUUUAUUUCCUCAUUUUCCCAGAUCAUUGGAAAGAAGUGUUAAAUCAAUUCAAACUACUAACACUACUGCUGAUAAUUCUUUAAAUCAAUCAUCUAUUCUUCAAAAAUCUGGUAUCAUAGAUAGUAGACAUUCAUUAAAUAAUAAAUCAACUCUUUAAUAAGUAAAUACAAUUUAAGAUAAUUAGUUAAAGAGAACUACUCACGUAUCCAGAGGUUAGAAUAUUAUUAUACAAUAAGAAUUGUUACAAAGUUAAAGGGUGAGAAUUAAGAAACCUCCCAUCUAAAAAAAGUCUUUAAAUGAUUGA